AUGAAAAAUACAUAAAAACAAGAAAAAAAUAAAGAACAGACGCCUACUGCGAGUAGCAGCAGUAACACUGGUAAUAUUAAGGUAGUUUGUAGAGUACGUCCACCUAAUAAGAAAGAAAUAGAAUAAUUUGAGUAGGGGUAGUAAAGAUAAUGUAUUGAUUUUGCUUCUGAUGAAAAAACCAUAAAAUUAAAUAUACCCGAUGCCGAAAAAUACCAAUUCACAUUUGAUAGAAUAUUUGCGCCAGAUACUACUUAGCAAGCAAUAUAUGAGUACUCUGCUAAACCAGUUGUUUAGAGUGUCUUGGAAGGAUACAAUGGAACUGUCUUUGCUUAUGGGUAAACUUCUUCUGGCAAAACCCACACUAUGCAAGGCCCAUCAAUAACUGACUAAGAAUAAAAGGGUAUAGUUCCACGUAUGGUAACAACAGUUUUUCAACACGUCAAUACAAGUCCAAGCCAUAUAGAGUUCAAAAUAAAACUUAGCAUAGUAGAAAUCUACCUCGAGAAAAUAAAAGAUUUAUUAGACCCAUCGAAGGUAAAUUUAACUGUGCGUGAAGAUAGAACACAUGGAGUGUAUAUAUAAGACGUAACAGAGAAAUAUGUUACCUCAGAGAAAGAAGUUUUCAGUAUAAUAGAUCAAGGAAACUAGAAUAGAUCUGUAGCAUACACAAACAUGAAUGAAGGAUCUUCAAGGUCACAUAUGCUCUUUAUCAUGACUGUUUAUCAGAAUAAUUUAUAAGACUUAAGCGCAAAAUCCGGAAAGCUAUUUUUAGUUGAUUUGGCGGGUAGUGAAAAAAUUUCUAAAACUGGAGCAGAAGGUAAAGUCCUUGAUGAAGCUAAAAAAAUUAAUUAGAGUCUGUCAAGUUUAGGAAAUGUAAUUAACGCCUUGACUGAUGGAAAAAGUCAACAUGUUCCUUACAGAGAUUCUAAGCUUACGAGAGUUUUGUAAGAAAGUCUUGGAGGAAACAGCACAACCACGUUAAUCAUUACUUGCUCACCUUCUAGCUUUAACGAUUAAGAAACUCUUAGCACUUUGAGAUUUGGUAUGAGAGCAAAAUGUAUUAAAAAUAAACCAAAAAUUAAUAGAGAGUACACAAUUUAGGAGUUACAACUAAUGAUACAGAAUUAAGAAAAAAUUAUUGACGAACAAAAAAAGCAAAUACGUUAAUUAGAAAAGUAAAUAGAGAACGGUAACUUUACUAACAUGUCUACCAUUUAAACAAAUAAUUCAGACACACUCAACACCUCCUAAGAAAUAACAGAGACAGACGAAAAUAUUGGAAGCUCUGCAAUGGUUGACAAAUGUAUGGAGUUAGAGGCUUAACUCGAAGCUGAAAAAGCUAAAUGCUCCAGCUAUGCCUAUCAACUCAACUAAGUCAAGAAUGAGUUAAGCAAUGUAACUAGCUAAAUGGAGGCAUUUUAGCAAGAGAACGAAGUUAUGGCCAAUAAACUAACUUAAUUAGCUUUUUUGCUUAAUGAUUUAGAAACAGAAAUGAUAAAUAAUAAAUUUAACAUGGAGAAAAGCUAAAGCUCUAAAUAAGCUAUGAUGCAACAAAUUUCUUAAUUCAGAAAAAUUUAAGAGCAGUAUAAGAAUUAAUUUUCAAAUACUCUUAAUAAUCAUUUCAAUAAGAAUCAAAGAGUGAUUGAACUUGUUGGAGAUGAUGUAAAAUAAAUUAAUAAAGAUUUACUCCUUGUUUGCUAGACUAAACUUUCAGAGGAAGAGUUCAAACUAUUUUUAAAUCAAAUGAUAGUAUAAAAAAAUACUAACUAAGAGGAAAUUCCUAUAGCAGAUUACAAUAAUGUUUAGCAAGAAUUAGAGUAAGAAAAGUAAUUGAGGUUAUAAACUGAAUAGGAACUUUAAACAGCUUAAGAAGAAAAUAGCAAACUCCUUAAAAUCCAAGAGUAGCUUCAAGCUGACUUAAGUUCUAAAAAUUCAAUUAAUAGUGAGGCCAACAAAGAGCUGAACGAAAUUUAAUUGAAUAAAGAAAGGUAGCAAUUCAAACAAGCUAAAGAAAAAAUACUUGAUGAAUUAAAAGAAAAAGUCAAUAAAGUUCUUGUCCUUGAAUCUGAACUUGAGAACCAAAAAUCUUUAGCAAAGAAAUAUGAAGAUGAACUAAAAAAGAAAGAAAACGACUAAUAAUUUAAAAUUGAAUACUUAGAAAAGAAUUUAGAACGCAUGAUGACUAUGUAUGAGAAUCUUUUCAGCAAAAUGAUGCUCGAUAAGAGACAAGAUGACUAAGAAUAAAAAUUGAAAGAAAAAGAAAAACAAAUUUAAAAGCUUGAAUAAAAAUUGAAUGAAUCAAUGUGUAAAAAUUAUGUAUCUAAAAAUUAAAUAAAAAGACUAAAAUCAUUCUAAGAAGAAGAAUAAAUAAAUCCAAAAUCCACUAAUAACAUUCUUAGUGCUUUAAACAAUGACUUUUAAAAUAACUUUGGUCAUGUAGAUGAUGGUAAUGAUACAGAUAAAACUGAAAUAAAUAGAACUGUUAAUUCUUCUGACUUCAGCUAAGAUCCCAUAAAUGAAUCGUUAGACGAUGAUAAUAUGGGUGAUAAUUUUAUUUAGAAUAUAAAUAAUAAUUAAAAUAUGAUUAGCGAAGAUGACUAAAAUAAUUUUGAUAUAUUUAAGAAAAGUACAUAAAACUUUAACCAUAGACGAGAAACACACCAUAGAAAGAAUAGAAGCAACUCAACAGCUGGAAACUCCCCUACUUCUAAAUUCCAAAAACCAAGUAAAAUAACUGACCUUCACUUAGAUUUCACGCUUUUAGAAUAAUAAAACUUGAAUAGAAAUCUAAAUAAUAGCUUCUCAGCUGUUCAUAAGCUAUCUCGUAAAAAAAGCGAGCCUCAAUAAUAUAAUUUAUCUUAAUUUAAUUAAUAACACAAAAUUAAAAGCCAACAAGAAAUGCUAUUCAGAGGUAAUAGCAGCUAAAGCCUUAAUGCUUCAAUAGAUUAUGGUAAAAAUAGAAAAAAUCAACCUUCAAUAGCAAUUUAAAGGGUUAAUAAUGACAUUGGUUUUGACAUCUAAGAGGUUGAUGAUGAUAAUGUGAGCGAAGCUUAUAACAGCAUGAACAAUCCUUAAAAUUUUGCAUUCAACAAUAAAAACUUUUAAUAAAAUAAAUAUAACUAAAAUAACAAUAAUAAUUAUAGAUAGUAACAAAAUUUAUUCCCUAACAACCAAAUAGAUUAAUAUUAAUCAAAUCAAUAACAAUUUAAUUCAAAUUAGCCAUAUCAAUAGCAAAUUAAGUAGCUUCCUGUUAAGGUGAGCAGCUUAAAUAUUUAAGGUUUGAAUUUAACUUCGAAUAACAUGAACUAUCCUUAUUCAACACAACCUUCUAGUAGAAUUCAAACUGCUCGUAGAAAAUAUGAUGAUAAUAAUAGUAUAGUAGGUGAUGAUAACGAUUACUAUAAUAUAUUAAAAAGCACAGAAACUGAAGGCAAUACUAACAACUCAGAAAUGCUUUCAUCACAAAUGAAAAUACCAGUUACUCCAAGCUCAAUCAUUAUGGGGUAAUCUAAUUAAAAAAACCUUCCUUUUGUAGAUUAUAUGAUGAAUUAACAAAAAAAUUUAAUUUAAAACACAAUUAUAUAAAGAAAAAAUACUAACAAUUUCAAUUAGUCUUAAGUUAACACUACAGAAACAUCUGAUAGUGGCAAAGGCAAUAAUAAAAAAAUUACUGGGUCGGAUAUCCUCAGAGGUAAUCCUGCCUUAUCUCCUUUUAUCAAUACUUUCUCUUUUAAACUUCUUAAUCUUUAAACGAACUGUAUAUAUGCAUAUUGA